AUGGAUGACAAGAUUCAACCAACUGAGGCUGUUGUAACCUCACAAAAUGCGACUGAGGGUGAGACAAUCACCACACUCAUCAAACCUCAACACCGGAAGCUACAUGAUUCCAACGUGACUUUUGAAGAGUAUCACUACUAUGCACAGAAGACAAGAAGGGAAGAAGAUUCCUGCUCCGAAAACCCAACACAGGGAUGGCGGUCGGUCAUUUCGUGGGGGCGAUCCUCCAAUCGCCCUUCAGCUCAAGACGAGGCUGUUGUGCAAACCGGGCCUGUGAUUUCAGCCAAAACCUCAACGACAAAAGUUCAAACCAAAUUUGAUAUCUCAGACAAGGAGUGGACGAAUGCGAGUCGGGCAUUUCGCACAGCUUCUUGGGGCGCUUGCUUCUACUUGAUUACGACCGAUAUAUUGGGCCCAUUUGGCGUGGCCUACUCACUCGGCACUUUAGGCUGGGGGCCAGGCAUCGCAUUGUACACUGUGUUUGGGUUCCUCGCAGGCUAUUCGGGCUACCUGGUCUGGCGCGUUUUCCUCGGUGUCGACAGUUACGAAUUCCCAGCGCGGAACUAUGGUGACCUCGGUUUCCGGACGUGGGGACGAACCGCUCGUCAUAUCACCAAUUUCGCACAAGCACUUGCAGUGCUUUUGAUCCUCGGCCAAAUUACCAUCCAAUAUGGACAAAACAUUUCUUCCGUCUCCCGGUAUCGCCUCUGCUACGUUGUCUGCCCAGUCCUCUUUGUUUGCACGGGUUUCUGUCUUUCGCAGAUCCGUACACUCAAAGCAUAUGGAUUGGUCGCCAAUCUAGCAGUCUGGUUGAAUAUGCUGGUCAUCUUCAUCAGCAUGGGUGUGAUCGCGAAUUCGCCCCCGAACUAUAAGAUUGCAGUUUUGGGAUCGGCUGGAAGUGCUGUCGAUCCUUCUACUAUCACUCCCGAUGCCGCCGGCAACUAUCCAUCCGUCAUGCAUUAUGGAGGUCUGCCUUCCAACAGUCUAGUCGGCUCGAUCAACGGUCUCCUGUCUGGUGUUUUGGCUUAUGCUGGCGUGCAGCUGUUCGUGGAAUUCUUGGCCGAGAUGAGGCGACCUCGUGACUUUCUCAAAGCCAUGUGGGGUGCUCAGAUGUUCAUUUACACCGUCUACCUCGUUUAUGGGUGCUUCAUCUACCAUUUCCAGGGCCAGUACAGCUUUUAUCCCAGUUACCAAGGCGUCAGCGCAUAUGGAUGGCAAACAGCAGGCAACAUGCUCUCGUUGCUCGCCGCACUGAUCUGUGCCGGUCUAUAUGGCAACAUAGGAGUCAAGGUCUUUUACAACUCGGUUUUGGCCGACGCUUUCAAUCUCCCAUCUUUGACGUCCAAGAUGGGCAAAAUCCUUUACGCUGCUAUCGUUCCGGUUUGGUGGAUGAUAGCAUUCAUCAUAGCUGCGGCGAUACCAGACUUCGGUGGGUUUGUCAGUGUCAUCUCAGCAUCUCUAUUGUUGACCUUGACAUACACCAUGCCACCACUGUUUGCAUUGGGCUACGACAUGCAGAGAAACGCUAUACGUCCCAGUAUUGGCGAAGGCUUUGACGUCAAUACUGGCCGAGUGCUGAGGAAUGAAACAACGGUCCAACGAUUGGUUCGCGGCUAUUUCAGUGGUGGCUAUCUGCAAGUCGCCAUCAACAUCUGGCACACCAUCUAUGCUUUGGCGUCGUUAUCCAUGUGUGGACUGGGCAUGUAUGCGGCCGUACAAGGUCUCAUUGAUGCUUUUGAGAUUCACCAGCUGAAUGCAUUCUCGUGCAAAUCACCUCUCAAUCUCGAUGCAUAA